GCCGCCGCUGGCGGCGUCGCGCGUGCAUGACGUCACGCCAUGGCCGCCCAGCUCUGCCGCCAGUAGAGGCCUUGUCUCGCGCCCCGCCGCUUUCCCGGAGCCGCUUCCCCGCUCCCUCCCCCGACCCCCUCCCGCUCGGCAAGACUAGUGGGUCCUGAUGGAUGUUUCUGAAACACUUGAGCAAAACCCCCGCUCUCCCAGUGAGAAAGACGAAGAGGAGGAUGACCACCAGCCCUCUGAUGACGAAAUCCUGAAAGGGAGUAGUUCAGAGCAGGAUGGGGAGGAAGGACAGGGUGCCUGUUUGGGGAAAGGUGCAGAUGGGGUAACUAGAACAUUGAGCCAUGGGGAGGAGGAGGAGGGCCUUCCCUCAGAGGAAGAGGAGCGUUUAAGUGAAACCAAGUCUCCGGACUCUGAUCGUAACGAUCAAAGCCAACCGCUCAAGUCCUCCCUGCGUGUUGAGCAAGCAGAAGACGGGGCAAAUGACCUGGGGGAUGAAGCCUCCUCGGUCAUUCGAGAACUGGAUGAGCAUGAACUGGACUAUGAUGAAGAGGUUCCCGAGGAGCCCAGCGCCGUUCCUGCAGACGAUGAGGCUGACAAGGCUGUGGGGGAGGAGGAGGAGGAAGAGGAAGAAGAAAAGGGAGACGAGCCUCUGGGAAAUGAAAAACAGCCUACCCCCAAAAGCAACAAUGAGAAGGAUGAGCAGGAGCCUCCCAAGGAGAAGAAGAAGGAAGAAGAUGGAGAAAUUGAUGAUGGCGAGAUUGAUGAUGAUGACCUGGAGGAGGGAGAGGUGAAAGAUCCCAAUGACAGAAAAAUGAGGCCACGUCUUACCUGCCGUUUUUUUGUGAAAGGGAACUGUACUUGGGGCAUAAACUGCCGAUUUAUUCAUCCUGGUGUGAAUGACAAAGGAAACUACUCCCUGAUUACCAAGCCAGAUCCUUUCUCUUCUAACGGUGCCCCUCCUAUUGGCCCUGGUCCUCACCCUUUGAUGCCAGCCAACCCUUGGGGAGGGCCCGGUGUGGAUGAAAUCUUCCCGCCCCCGCCUCCUGACCCUCCAACAGAAAGUGCCUGGGAACGGGGCCUCCGACACGCAAAGGAGGUGCUGAAAAAGGCUACCAUGAGGAAAGAACAAGAACCCGAUUUUGAAGAAAAACGGUUUACAGUAACGAUUGGGGAAGACGAGCGCGAAUUCGACAAAGAAAAUGAAUUUUUACGAGACUGGAACUAUCGCAUCACUCGGGACGUGCGGGAUUCAAGUGACACAGAAGUCAAAGAGAACAUUAAUUAUGGGCUCGACCCAUAUUCCGAUCCCUACUAUGAUUAUGAAAUAGAACGCUUCUGGCGGGGAGGGCAGUAUGAGAACUUCAGGGUCCAGUACACGGAUCCAGACCCCUACCGCAAUUACAGGCUGAGUAAGGAAAGGGAGCGAGAGAGGGAUCGGGAGAACCGGCAGCGGGAACGGGAGCGAGAGAGGGAGCGGGAACGGGAGCGGGAACGGCGGCAGAGGGAGCGUGAGCGUGAAAGGGAACGGGAGCGUGACAAGGAGCGCCAGAGGCGGAAAGAAGAGUGGGAGAGGGAGCGGGAGCGCAUCAAGCGAGAUGACAAGGAGCGCCCACACCGGGACCGAGAUCGGGAACGGGAGAAAGAGCGUGAGAAAGAGAAGGAGAAGCCAAAGCCUCGAUCCCCACCGCCAGCCAGUUUGGGAUUGAUGCUACCCAAAGAGUCACGUGACUUGAUGGAGAUUCCAGCAUGCCUAUUAUGUAAGACUGACUCCAGUUCUGUCAUCUGCCGUAAGACAGAUUUCCUCAAGUUUGAAAACCUGUACGAGAAGAAGAAGAAGAAGGGAGUGGAGGGAACGCAGUGCCUCUUCACCCCACCCGCCAAGGGUGUAAAUUGGGCUGAGAGUUCACGGGUGGUUCAGCCCCACCCCAAAAGGAACUUCCUGUCUGAGUGGAAAUUGGACUCUCCCAUUGCUCCAUCCUCCAAGCCUCCUUGCUGGCACGGGGGCGGGCGGGGGCUGGCGCUGGCGCAGAUUUUCCAUUGUGCGGAGCUGCCAAAGCCUUGCUUCAAAUCCCCGGUCGAUGACGAAACCCCCGGACUCUUCCUGCCCCUGCUUUGCAGGUCGCAGUCCUUCUCCUCUUCGCCGUCUCCUUCUCCCACGCCAUCUCCACACAAGCCUCCUCCCAAAGUCAAAGGGGAAUCUGCAGUCCUGGCUGGAAAGGGUGAAAAGCUUGUGAAGAAACUCCUUGCCCCACCAGCACCUCCACCGGUGGCGAAAGUUGCCCCCUCUGCCCCAGAGCCAGCCAAACCAGGGGACAACAGGGAGGCAAGGCGGAAGGAGCGGCAAGCGAGGACCCCUCCCAGAAGGCGGGCCGUCAGUUGCAGCGGCAGCAGUUACAGCGGGUCCAGCUCUCACUCGAGGUCCCUGUCCCGGUCCCUGUCGCGGUCCUCCUCAGCCUCGCUCUCCCCGUCUCCAUCCGGGUCCAGGAAAUCCAGGUCUCUGAGUGUCAGCAGCGUCUCUUCCGCCUCCAGUGCCUCCUCCAGCAGCAGCUCGGUCCGGAGCGCCGACUCGGAAGACAUGUACGCGGACCUGGCCAGCCCGGUGUCUUCGGCUAGCUCCCGGUCCCCGACCCCCGCCCAGCAGAAGAAAGAAAGGGGAAAGGCCAAGAAAGAGAGCGGCCCGAAGGAGGAGAAGCGGAAGCGAGACGUCCCAGCGCAGCCGGCCAAAUCCGCCAAGCCAGCCUCGGGGGGGAAGUCUCAGCAGCCUCCCGCCCCUCACCCGCCCUCCCAGGCCCAGCCUGCUGGCUUCAGCGCCCACAAGGAAAUCAAGCUCACCCUACUGAACAAGGCGGCUGACAAGAACAGCAGUCGGAAGCGGUACGAGCCCUCCGACAAGGACCGGCAGGCUUCUCCCCCGACCAAGAGGAUCAACCUGUCUCCAGGUGCUCGCGACCGGAAACUCACCGGAAGGCUCUCCUCUCCCAAACAGGACCGUCAGCGGGGGCCCAACCCGAAGCCCUCCCCAGCCCAGGCUGAUAAGAAGCGCCCGCUCUCCCCGCCGUCUAAGAGUUCCAGCAAGGUCACGAGCAUCCCAGGCAAAGCGGCCGAGCCGGUCCCUCCAGCCGCCCCGGCCAAAUCGGGCAAGUCCAGCACGUUGUCGCGAAGGGAGGAGCUCCUGAAGCAGCUGAAGGCCGUGGAGGACGCCAUUGCUCGGAAGCGGGCCAAGAUCCCCGGGAAAGUAUAGUCCAGCGCUGGCCCGGCCCGGAUCAGAGACUCGCCCGUGUUUUUAUAAAUAGCGUCCAAGCAGCCACUUUGGAUUUUGCAGUUCUGUUUUAUUUUGGCAGUGGCCCUUUUUAAACAAAAAAACAAAAAAAAAAGCAAAACCAACAACGAAUUGGAUAAAUUUUGUCAGCUGGAAUCCACCCCCCCACCGCCCACUUCCUGGGUGGGAGACGGUUCCCCCGACUGCCUCUCUCGCCCAGGUGCUGCUGGCCCCGGGUGCAAGUGUUCGCUGCGGUCGUUUUCCUGGUCCUGGUGCACAGUGGGCUCCUCACCGCAGCCUUGUCCGAUGUGUCCUCCUCCUCCCCUUUCUCCUCCCCCACCUCUUUGCUAGCUAUGAAUUGCAUCCCCCUAGUUAGCCACCGCGCUACGUGUCGCGUGUUGUCAGCCAUGCACUUCUGCACACGUGUAAGAGGAGAGCCCCCCCCUCCCCAAACACCGUCCCCAGCCGGAAGCUCCCCCCUCUGCCCUUCCCCUCCCCUCCCCCCAGCUGCCUAGAGACCCGCGAUGAGAAGAUUCCAUGUCUCUUUUAUUUUAACCAAAAGAUUGUUUUAGUUGAUUUAAAGCCAGAA